AUGCGCCGCAAUCCAUCCCGGAUAGGCAUAGUUUACGUUGUAAUGUUCCAGCGAUUUAGCGAACAUCCCGGCUUCGCCAGCACAACGUCGGAUUCGCAGAACGACAACAACACCACCCACCAUCAACAACAACAACAACAACAACAACAACAACAACAACAACAACAACAACAACCACAACAACAACAACAACAACAACAACAACCACAACAACAACAACAACAACAACAACCACAACAACAACCACAAUCAUUCAAUCUGCAUGGCUGA